AUGUACCUCCUCUCGAUUCUCUGCCCACUGCUGGCGUUGCAUCUCGGUCUCUCGCACGCGAAACUCGUCCGCGAGACUCUCGAGCUGACAUGGGAUUACGGAUCUCCAAAUGGCGCCGCGCCGCGAGAGAUGGUUUUCACGAAUGGGGCGUAUCCCGGUCCGGAUUUGUUUUGGGAUGAGGAUGAUGACAUUGAGGUCACUGUUAUCAAUAAUCUUCCCUUUAAUACGACCGUUCACUGGCAUGGUAUAGAGAUGGCAGAAACCCCCGAAGCGGACGGCGUCCCGGGUCUAUCGCAAGCGCCGAUUGAACCCGGUGAAACUUUUCUGUACAAGUUCAAGGCGUACCCUGCUGGUACAUACUGGUAUCACUCGCAUUACAAGGGGCUCCUGCAAGAUGGGCAGGUGGGAGGGUUGUAUAUUCGCCGCAAACCAGAUGCUCCGCGCCCCUACGUCGCCAUCACGGAUGAUUCCACAGAGUUGGAAGAGCUCCAAUUUGCAGAAGAUAAUCCCUAUCUGAUGCUCGUUACGGAUUGGACGUAUCUCACUUCGGAGGAGUACCAUAAUAUCGAGGUUGAGUCUGGCUAUAACGUCUUCUGCGUGGACAGCCUCCUCGUCAACGGCCGGGGUUCAGUCUACUGCCCUGGAUAUGAAUAUCUCGAGGAAUCAAGCGACGACGGCUUGACCGCUGUCCUCGAGGGUACUCAUCUGACAGAGAAGGGCUGUCUCGUACCAGACCUCUUUAAUGUCCAAGGUGACUUCGGCCCCUGGAACCUCUCUGCCCUGCCAACCGAAGUCAUCUUCAACUGCACACCUUCCACCACCGAGCCCCCUGUGAUCAACGUCGACCCCGAAUCCAACGGCUGGGUAAGCCUGAACUUCAUCACCGGCGGCGCACAGAAAGCCAUCAGCUUCUCCGUCGACAACCACCCAAUGUGGGUCUACGAAGUCGACGGGCAGCUCGUCGAACCCCGCGAGGUCGAAAUAGUUGGCGCAUACUCUGGCUCCCGGUACGCUGUGAUGCUCAAGCUCGAUCAAACACCAGGCGAUUACGCAAUCCGGAUCGCAGUCAACGGCGGCGACCAGGUCAUGAGCGUCUACGCGAUUCUCUCAUACAUCAACCAGGACUCUGUCGACACUGAGGAUGUCCCUAAGGCUGCUAUCGGCCCACACACAGACACAGUAGGGUACAUGAACUACGGCAGCGUCAACACAUCCGCAGACGUGCGCCAGCUCCUCUUCACAGAGAACUUGCCUGCCUUUGGCGUGGAUCCCCCGCCUCCCUCCUCCGAGGUGUCCAAAACCCUACGCACAGCCAUGAUGCGCGUCAACAACUCGUACUCGUGGUCCUUAGGCAACCAUGCCCUCUACGAGCCCGAAAUGACCUCGUCGACACCCCUCCUCUUCGAAUCAGAUCCUCUCUCCGUUAUCGCGCCUAACUACGCCCUCACCACCGACAGUGGCACCUGGGUCGACAUCGUCCUCGAGAUCAUCGCGUUAGAGGCCGACCCCAUCCACCCUCCUCAUCCAAUCCACAAGCAUGGCAACAGGGCGUACAUCAUCGGCAGGGGAGUCGGGCAGUUCAAAUGGGACAAUGCCAGUGCUGCGGAGGCGGAGAUCCCCGACUCGUUCUACGUCAAUGAGACCGCCGCGCUGCGGGAUACGUUCGUCCUGGACUUUUUUGACUCCAGGUAUAUGGAGGGUGCCUGGAUGGUCAUUCGGUACUUUGUCCAGGGGAAGUUCCCGAGUCUUUUGCAUUGUCAUAUUACCUCUCAUCAGAUGGGGGGGAUGGCGUUGGCUUUGUUGGAUGGAGUUGAUGUUUGGGAUUCUUAG